AUGGGAAAAACGUCCGAGACAUCCAGCAGUCCAGUUGUAGAAUCAGUGCGUGUUAGCUCGAGUCAACAUUCUGUAGCUCGAGCUAAAAUAGCCAACAGACAAGAAGAUGAGGAUGUGAUUUUGGGGGAUGAGAGAGUUAAAGAUAUAUCAGUUGUGCCUCCAUCUUCACAAGAGGAAAGCGACCAAUUAAUUCCUCCUAGUGCACCACUGGUUGCCCCAUUGAAGGAGAGAGUUUACAUACCUCCUCUACCUUUUCCUCAACAAUUCCAGAAGCAAAAGAAAGACAGACACAUGCUGGAUAUCAUGGAAUUGUUCAAGAAAGUUCACAUCAACAUUCCGUUAUUGGAUGCAAUUAAACAAGUUCCAUCAUAUGUCAAGUUCCUAAAGGAUAUAUGCACUAAUAAAAGGAAGUUUGCGGAGCAUGAGAGGGUGAUGCUAAACGAAGAGUGCAGUGCUAUUCUACUCAAUAUAUUACCACCAAAGUUGAAAGAUCCAGGGAGUUUUACAAUCCCUUGUGUUAUUGGCAAUUUACGAUUUGAAAAAGCUUUAAUUGAUUUAUGUGCUAGUGUUAACUUAAUGCCUUUAUCUAUUUUUCAACAACUAGGUGUUGAAGAGAUGCAACCAACGUCAAUAAGCUUACAACUCGCGGAUCGGUCUAUCAAAUUUCCACUUGGAAUUAUUGAAGAUAUGUUGGUGAAAGUGGAUCGUUUCAUACUUCCGGCUGAUUUUAUUAUACUUGAUAUGGAAGAAUGCCGAGAAGUUCCCAUCAUCAUGGGUCGUCCAUUCUUGGCAACCGCUGGCACUAUUAUUGAUGUGAAGAAGGGCUUGUUAACCAUGAAUGUUGAAGGAGAGUCGGCGGGGUUUCAAGUAUUCAAGGCCAUGAAGAGACCGGCAGAUAUGGAGGAGUGUAAUCGGGUGGACAUUAUUGAGCAGCCUGUACACACCAAUUUUGGUUCCCAAGUCAAUAAUGAUGAGCUAAAAACCAGCCUAGAGCAUCCAGAGUUAAUACAAGCUGCUGGUAAUGAUGUUUUAAACAAGGUAGCUAUGUUAAAUUCUAUCCCAACUCAGCCACUAAGAUGGAGACAAGCUACUUAUCUUUUGGGGCCACCUAAGAGAUGA